AUGGCAUGUUCGACCUCCUCCCACCAGUCACGUGCCCUGUCCUUCAGUAGAAAAAGAUGCAAGUCGAACCUUGUCCCCCUCGGGACAUCUGCUGGUGUGGAAUGCGUUGGCGACAUCCGCCAACCAUCUGGUGCUCGCUAUGGGGUCUCGGGCCCCGUGGUAGUCGGGAGCUCCACAGGCUCUAAACUCCCUGAAUUCAGCGUCGUUCGCUCUGUAGUUUUCGCUCAUCUUCCUCCUCUUUCUAGUCGCCGUUGGUUCUUCCUCUAUCCUCCUCACUUCAGACAUUAUGUAUGGAAUCUUGAGUUUGAGGCACAAGUGCGAAAAGGGUAG